AUUAAAUAAUAAUAGGUAUGCCAAAUUGCCAAAUGCCAAUUAAUUAGUAAUAAUUUAUUACUGAGAAGCAGAAAUAGUAGUUAAAAGAAUACUGGAAGAAAUAUCAAAUGGUACUAAUAGUUCAAUUAAUUCAAGUUAAUACUUAGUACGUACUUCAGUAACUUUUGUAGAUCGUAAAAUGUUCACAUAUAUGUUAGAUGACACUUAUUGACAGUUUAACUUAAAAGAUUUGAAAUUGAAUACUAGAAAGUAAUGUCGAAUAACAUCAUGUCCAACAACCCUCUAAUUUAUGGAGUUGAAUUUCAGGCUAGAUCGUUGUGUUCUCUGCACGCUGAAAGCGAUCAAGACUGCUUUUUAAUCGGAACUCAGUCGUUGAUCACAUCAAAUAAUCAAGUACACCUCGUUAAACUACAAGAAGAGACCAAUACACUUUGUCCUCAAAUAUAUGAGCAUAGCUGUGGUGAAAUAUGGUCAUUAGCGUCUUCUCCAACAGACAAAUGCUUGAUAACUACCUGUUAUGCUAGUAUAGAACGAGAUUGUGAGAAAUUCACAGCUUUAUGGCGACUGCCAGAGAAUGAUGGUCAUUUAGAAAAUGUCAUCACUUUUCCUACAGAGAAGUAUGGUACUGAUGUUAAGGUGACCACGUUUCAUCCUACAAAUGACGCAUACAUGUGUUCUGUUAUCGAUAAUAAUAUAGUGAUGUGGGAUGUGGGUGAAAGUGAAGUAAAAAUUGUAUGUACUGCAGUAUUGGAUGGUAAAGGUCAACCAAGAUUUACUACUGGAAAAUGGAAUCCACAAAGUGCCAACUUACAAUUUGUAACUGCUGAUGAUUGUAAUAUAAAAGCUUGGGAUUUAAGAACCCAGACAAAAAUUGCAUGGAGUCUAGAUGGAGUUCAUACUCAAAUUAUUAGAGAUUUUGAUUUUAAUCCAAAUCGUCAAUACUAUAUGGCAACAUGCGGUGAUGAUGGAUAUUCUAAGUUCUGGGAUAUACGUAAUCCCAGACAACCUCUGAUAUCUCGUGCUGAUCAUUCUCAUUGGAUUUGGUCUCUUAGAUAUAACCCAGUACACGACGAAUUAAUUGGAACAGCUUCAAGUGACGGUCAAGUCCUUAUUACAUGUUUAACUGGAAUUUCUUCAUCAGCUGUGGAAAACGAAGACAUAAAAACAAAAUCUUCCAUUGAAGAUAAAAUAAUAGCCACGUGUGAUCAACACGAAGAUUCUGUGUAUUGUGUUGAAUGGUCCUCUGCAGAUUCAUGGAUAUUAGCUUCUUUAAGUUAUGAUGGUCGCUUGUUGCUUAAUAAAGUACCAAAAGAUGAACAGCUUAGAAUUCUAUUGUGAACUUUGCUUUACUGUUUUCUUUAUGCAUCAAUUGUAUAGGAACAUUAUCCAUUGUAAAUAAACAUUCAAUUAUUAUUCAGAGUUAAAUUAUGUCUAUGAGUUCCAAUUAAAAAUAUAUUAAGGUGUA